UUUAUCGAGCGACAUAGCCACCAAAAUGGCGAACGAAAUAGCUCAUGCCCCAAGUAAAACUUGGGAAUUGAGCCUCUAUGAACUUCAUAGAACUCCACAAGAAGCAAUAACAGACAACACCGAGAUAGCAGUCUCACCAAGAAGCCUUCAUAGUGAACUUAUGUGCCCAAUAUGCCUCGAUAUGUUGAAGAGUACCAUGACCACAAAAGAAUGUUUACAUCGGUUUUGUCAAGAAUGCAUAAUUACUGCCCUGCGAAGUGGAAAUAAGGAAUGCCCAACAUGUCGUAAGAAACUUGUGUCUAAACGGUCUCUAAGACCAGAUCCUAACUUCGAUGCUUUAAUAUCAAAAAUAUAUCCCAGCAGAGACGAAUAUGAAGCACACCAAGAAAUGGUUUUGGCCAAUAUUGGUAAACACCACAACACAGCUUCCCUCACUCUCAGUAUUGAAGAAGGUCUCAGACUACAAGCUAUGAACAGAGCUCAAAGAGUAAGAAAGCAAGCACCUGAUGCUAGUCAAAAUGGUGAUAUUGAUUCAGAAAUGGUUUCAGAAGAUAAUGCAACAAAUGGAAGUACUGGUAAUGCCAAUGCCAGUGCCAAUUGUGCAGCCGCUACCAAUGGAAUAAUAGAACCAUCAGCCAAUCAAAACCAUAUAUCGAAGAACAAUAUUGAGGCCGAAGGCUCAACAUCCAAUGACACCACCCCAAAGAAACGAGCCAAAUUAUAUUCUGAUGAUUCAAGUGCUGGAGAGGGAAGUGUCACAUCAGAACCAGUCCCUGAACUUCCACCAGAGACGACAGUUGGUGAUAUUGAACUUGUCUUCAAACCUUAUCCAGAAGAUAAUAUGGAAGAUGAUGAUGACGACAGCCAAACCAGAUACAUCAAAACAACUGCUAAUGCUACAGUUGACCAUUUGUCCAAAUAUUUGGCAAUACGACUUUCAUUAGAAGCCCAGAACAGUGAAAGAGGAUCAGCCAAUCCAGAUGAUAAAUAUUCCAUUUAUAUCGCCUCUUCUCCUUACAACUAUAGUGUGUUAGGUGGUGGAAUGACAUUGAAUCAAGUUAAUGAACGUUACUGGAAAAUCAACAAGCCAUUAGAAAUGUUUUAUCGAAGGCUGGAACCUAGUUCUAAGAAAAAUGGAGAGAAAAAUUGAUUAGCCUAAAAGGAUAUGAAUAUGUAAAGCAAUGUGCAGAUCGAACUCUGAAAUAUUAAAGAAAGAAGAUAUUUGUGCAUGUAAUCAGUUUUUGUUUAUAUAUUUUGUAUGGAAUAUGGCUACAGUUCUGUUUGUAACAGGACUGAAAUUACCAAGAAGAAAGAGAUUACAAAUAAGAGACAUUGUAAUUGAAUAUUGAAAUGUUCAAUUUAUUCAUCCAUCUAUCAAUCAUCAUGCAUGGUUUGUCAUCCUUCUACCCUCUGUAAUUGUUUUGGGGUGAUCUAAUUUAACUUUCUUGCUUUUAGUCAUAGUAUUUUGGUUUGAUAUUUUGUAAAUAUUCCUAAGCUGUUAAUGUUUGUUUAGGCUAGAACUAAGCUGGGGGUUUGUUUUGUGUUUUUUUUUUUUGGGGGGGGGGGGUCUUCUUUUUUACUUAAAUGGAGUUACCCCCCUUUAUCUUAUACAUUUCUCAUAAACAAAUCUUUUUGACUUUUUAUUUUACUGUUGAAGGAAAAACUGAAACCAAUGACUCACUAUGCCUAGUGCACAUUAAAGUAUUGAUCAUAUUCUUGCUUAAAACUAUUAAUUACAAAGAAACAAUAUUCCAGAAUACAAGAGAGAAAUAGAAAUGGGGUUAUAAGACUAGUCAACACAAACCUCAUUACAGGACUAACAUAUGGUACAAUUUUAUUUCAAUAAGGCUAGAACUAAGCUGGGGGUUUGUUUUGUGUUGUUUUUUUUUGGGGGGGGGGGGUCUUCUUUUUUACUUAAAUGGAGUUACCUCCCGUUAUCUUAUACAUUUCUCAUAAACAAAUCUUUUUGACUUUUUAUUUUACUGUUGAAGGAAAAACUGAAACCAAUGACUCACUAUGCCUAGUGCACAUUAAAGUAUUGAUCAUAUUCUUGCUUAAAACUAUUAAUUACAAAGAAACAAUAUUCCAGAAUACAAGAGAGAAAUAGAAAUGGGGUUAUAAGACUAGUCAACACAAACCUCAUUACAGGACUAACAUAUGGUACAAUUUUAUUUCAAUAAGGCACUUGUAAGUAGGAGUCUUUAGCAGUGGGAGGAAACCUUACCAGAUACAAGUUUAGAAUCAAAACCACAUCACUUGACUCAAUGACAGACUUUAUGAUCUAAACCUCACAGUUAGAUUAUUCAUCAGACUAAGAGGCAAAUGUAGAUAUUCAGACAUGCACAAUAAACAGCAGUCUUACAGGUCCAAAAGUUCUUAAAAUCAGUUAGUCCUAAUGUAAGUUAUUGCAGUCUAAAGUUGACAUUACUUUCUAUCAAUUUCACAACGCCAUCUUUAUUGUCAUCAUCUUGUAGCAUCUGAAGGAUAUCUCAUUUUUAAUUUAUGGUGUCUAAAGAGCACUUUUCAACCCUUAUUUUUGUUCAGUUGAAAUAUCGAAACUGUUGAAUCUAUAGUCUUUCUGGUACAUUGCAUCUUCAAAUAGAGACACCAAAAGAGAUGAUCUUCAUACAUUUCUAACUGAUAGUUUCUAAAGAAAACUUUUCAACCCUUAUUUCGUGAAAUUUGGAAACUGUUUAAUUGCCUUUCUGGCACACUGCGUCUUUAAAUACAGACACUACAAUUAAGAAGAGUCUAAAGAGAUGUGAAUUUCAAUAUUUUCAUACAUUAUGCCUACUUUAUUUAUCAUUGUUGUAUUAUAAUACAUAAAAAUAAUACUAUGUUGUUGUCAUUAUCUAUGUAUUUAUUUAUGUUUUAUCAGUAGGAAUAUCUAGGGAUGUCAUGCUAUCAGACCAUAUCAAUAAAGUAAUGAAUUAAAAUGGGGUUUAACGUCCUACUUUUCUGCACCAACCAGGCUAAUACAUACAUGCAUACACUAUAUGCUGUCCAUAGGCAAAUUUUUACCAGAAAACAGUGCUACAUCCUGCACCAAUUUCGAUUUCCAACUAUCAGGGGCUGUUUUACAUGCAUGCCAAUUUUUUGUCCCAUCCAAAUGACUAGACACUUUUCCUUGCCAAAUCUCCUUCCUGCACCACUGACAAGUGCUUGUAAAAGAAAGCUUGCCAGAUAGAAUUCUUCAAAAAAUUGACCUGAAUGCUCCUCCUUAACAUCUGUUAGUCUCAAAUUGAUCAAAAUAUUAAACCACAUUUCCUGCCUUUCUUGACUCUGUGUACCUGUGGAGUAGGUUUGCCUGUCCAACCUCGUGAGUUUUCUCCGGUUUCCUCUCACUGCUAAAGACCCCUACAGACAAGCAAAUUAAUGAAAUAAAAUUGAACCAUGUUUGUCCGGAAAUUACAUAGUUUGUGUCCAGUGGAUGUUAAACCCCAUCUCUCUCUCUCUCUGAACCUGCUUGAGUAAACAAGGUUUUCCUGUUGGUUCUAACAGCACUGGAUUUAGGUACCCAAGGUAAAUUUUAUAUACAUAAUGAUUUUGUUAUACUAGUGUGGUAUUAAUUCAAGACAUGAAUCCCUAUUUUUGAGGGUAAGAAAUAUGGAUUCAAUUGUUCACACCAUGUUUCCUUCAAUUUCGGAUAGUGGUAAUGGUACUUAUUUGUGGCGGAUUCUGACUGGAAAUUAUAUUUUAUCAAGCAGUAAAACUCGCCACCACAGUGCUGAUUUUACUUUAACUUGGAAUGGUAGUUCUAGUCCCCCCACUCACCUUAAAUAAAGCAAAUGCCUGCCAAACCAAAUAAAUGCAAGUGCACCCCUUUUAUCCUCGCAGCUUUAAAAACAAAUGUAUGUGACUGAAACAAUAUAUAGGAAACAUCAACCUAAAAUCUGUCAAUUAGAAGGGCAAAUAAGGCCCCCUUUUUGGAUAGUUUUUGUAGGUCUUGGAAGGUUGUAUAGUCCACAAUAAAUUCUGUUUGGAUGUCAAGGGCGGAUCCAGGAAUUUUUGCAGGAGGGGGUUUGCCUGGUUCCUGAGACGAUGUAUCAUUUAGAGGCGGCCUUGAAAAUUUUGAAGAAAUACAUGGCCUCAAGAUAAGAAACCCCAUCUCUCAACCCUAUGUGUUUUGAGAUAAGAGAUGGUACAAUAUAGAUCCAACUGACAAGUCCCAAAGCUAAUCACAUAGGGCUUGAAAUAAGAAAGAAUGACAUUUUUUUCUUCAAAACAACUAUUGAUUAUUGUUAUUUAUAACAUUUCUGCCACAUACAACUACAAUAAAGCAUAUAAUUCUGCCUGACUCGAGUACAAAUCCCCUCUAUUAAAUCGAAGUGAUAAUAGAUUGCUUUCCCCGACAUUUUAAAUUUGACAUUUUUACUUCAUAAAGGCGAGGCCUCGUGUACAAUAGACAAAGUACUAACCUGGUUUUUACCUGGGAUUUUACAUAAGAAGAAUAAGAAUAAGUUUAUUGCAGUAAUAUAGGUCAGAGACCAAACGUUACAAGUUUGAAUCAACUAGAAAAUGAUAUGUACAAUUAUAUUUUAAAAGGUGCGAUUCAAUUUCAAAAUAUCUGUAUAAAUAAGUAUAAUUCUGUAGUUGCAAUUGAGUAGGCUAUAUUUACAAACAAUCAACUGCGACGGACAUAAUUAUUUACAGCAAUUUAUAUAUGAUACUUGGUGACCCUUUCUAUAUAAUGGGAGAUGGAUAAUAAUAUACAAGGAUCGCUAGAAUUUGACAGAUUUAGGAAGUUACAACGACUGAUAUUUGCCAAAUGUACACGUUCAAAACAAACAUCUCUGAUGUUCUUCGUUUCUAUGCAUUCAAACAUAAAAUGAAAUAAAUCUCCAUCACAUUGAUGGCAUAAUGGAAAAGUAGUUUGAUUCCGUCUAUGCAAAUUCAAACAUGUUGGUAAUAGAUUUAGCCUAAAUUUUGUAAUAUUUCUCCUGUGUUUUAAUUGAAUGUUCGAUAAUAAAUAAGAUUCCUGCUUUCUGAUAAUUUAGCUGACCAUUCUUGUAAGUUUAUAUCUGAUAAUCGUAACUAAAUUUGACUUAUAAACAUGUUAAAAUUGCCGAUCAUUUCAGUUUCAAAAACAUAACCAAGUCCUAAGGAAUAUAACAUAAUUCUGACCUUUGUCACCCAACUAACCCUGCCGGCUUUGUCUAAUUGUUUUAACAUAAUAAAUACUUGUUUAGGAUAACGGUCUAUGGGCAUACGCAAUAGUUUACACCAAUAUUUAAUACAACACAAAAUAUAAUAUUUAAUAUAUGCUUAAACUGUGUCUUCCACAUUCCCCACAUUUCUCUUUUAUUCCAUAAAAAAUCCAAUUAUGCUCCUUUCUUCUGUUUUCACUUUCAUCAAGUCUUUGCUUAAUUCUUUCAUUCUCUGUUUUCAGUUGUUCAAUAUCUUGUUAAAUAUUUGUCACCUCCUCUUUAAUAUUCAUUUCACGAACUUCUGACCUCAAUUGUGUAAUUUCAUCUCUGAUGUCUUGCAAGAGGGUUGUCAAUUCAUUGGUAUGGGGGUGGUUCUGGUCUCCGGUAGGGUAUAUCACUUCCCCAGUUCUGGAAAUAGUGCCUUGUCUAGUGCUGGGACCAGGGUUUGAUUCGAUAUCUCCACAGAACACUAAUAACAUUGAAAAUAUCACAAAAACCGACAGAGUCAAGUUUGAACUUUUAAUUAUUGGUGACUUACAUUUUACAGCGGCAGUUUUGUGAUGAUAGGAUCCUAUAAUAAUUCUCCAUGCUGCUAGAUCGAUAAACAUGAUUAAAGAGAUUGUUGAAUAUUCCGGUAGAUAUGUUAGGAAGUCCUUUAAAUAAAUAGUGUUCGGUCAAGCGAGGAGAGGUCCACACCCAUGGGCCCAGAUCCCGGUGGGGACACCGGGACGCGUCCCCACCAAUAUUUUUAGUGGUGGGGACAUGAUAUACCGUGUCCCCACCACUUAUUUCCGAUGUUUUGCUUACUGUUUAUUUUUUGAAAUUGAAAUCAUUCCAGAGCUUUUAUUGACAUUCAGAAAGUGUAGAGUUGGUCCCAGGCACUUGAGGCCAGGGUCCUUGAAGUUGUACAGCUGCACCCGGUGACCGAUUUUUAUUUAACAGGGAAUAAGUGAUAAUUCUUAUUAUAACAGUAAAUAAUUAAAAUAUUCCAUAGGGAUUAUAAUAAUAUGUAUAUCAUGUAGGUGUGCAUAUCUGAUACGCUGGGUAUUAAAGGGUUAAGGAAUAACUGAGAUUUUGUUUUUAUCUGGUAUACUGAAUGAUAAAUCACCUAACUAAAGGAUUUAGUUUGUAUUUCAGGGGAACCCUUAAUUGCUAGAUUUGCUGCCAUACUAAAUAAGCGUAUUUUUAAAGACUGGUUUCUCUCUCUCUGUGGAAUAUAGGCAAUUAAAUCUAAAAUUUAUGACUCGAACCCUUUAUUGUUUUGGAGUACAGUAAGCUGAGCCAAGAAUCGUGUACUUAUUAUUACAUGUAAGUGAAAUUUUUUGCUGUUUUGUAGAUGGUUUAGAAAUUUAGGAAAUUUAUCGGAAAAAACAUUUUUUAAAACCUGUCAUAGGCAGUCCAGAAAGAAGACAAAGGGAAAAGAAACGGGCAGAGUGGAUAUAAGUGUACUGCUUUUUAGUUUUAAAUAUACUAAACACUUUAUUGAAUAUUUUUUUCGAUUAAAAAAUUGCUCUCUGAA